AUGGCCGAAUCAUCAACGCAAAUCCUCUCCAUCUUCGAGACCUUCCGCAACGAGCUAGACGAGCACCACGAUCGGCGCGAGCGACUAAUCAAGAUCUCACGAGACAUCACGGCAUUGAGUAAGAAGAUGUAUGUUUCUCCCAUAUUCCCAUCUAUCUUUAAAGUCGUGCACAUGAAGAGCCUUAUCAAAAUCCGCAAACUCAACGCCCCCCUCCCGGAAAAUAUCACAAAAGAAACCCAAUCCCGCUUCACCCAAAUCCAAUCCCUCUUCAACACCGCCCUCCCAGACAUCACGGGCCCAAACAAAUGGCGCUACCAGCGUCAACUUAGUGGCGCAAUCCAGGAAUACAUCGAGGCGCUCUCCUUCCACCACUACCUGACUACGCAAACUCUCAUCACUCUCUCUGAAGUGCGCGCGAAACUGCCCGCCGAGAUACUCGUCACGGAGGAGGAUUAUCUGCUGGGGUUGUUCGAUUUAACUGGGGAGAUGAUGCGGUUUGCGGUUACGGCGCUGUCGGCUGGGUCGGUUGCUUCUGAGGAGAAGAAGAUGGGGCUGAGUAAGGAGCAGAAUGGGAUUGUGGUAGAUUUGAGGGAAAUGAGGUCGCUCUUUGAGGGGUUGAGUGUGUCCAGACGGCAUAAUUUGAUUAAGGAUUUGGGAAAGAAGAUGGAGGUUAUGCAAGGGAGUGUGGAGAAGGUGGAGAGGGCUGCUUAUGGGAUUUUGGUGAGGGGGAGUGAGAGGCCGGCUGGGUGGAUGCCGGAUCUCGCUGGGGGUGGUGAUGAGGGGUAUUAA